GGCCUAUUAACAUCAAAACUUCCCUAUUAACAUCAAGACUUCAUAAACUCAACCAUUAUCAUUUGCGCACGUCAACUGACGGAAUAACCCUUGCUUCUGUCCCCAUAAACAAGGUCAUUUCCGUCAUUUGAGAACCCAAUCAUUUCAUUUCGGGAAACGAUACUAUAAAAACAGUCAACGGUCGUCUCCACUUGCCAUUCAAAGCAGACCCUCUGCAUAAGAAAAAACACACUUUUCCCCAAAUUUGGAGCAAAGCUCCACCUCUCGCGCAUCCAUGGCGUACAACUCGAACACCAAUGCUCGGAUGAACCCGCAAGCGGCGGCGGAGAAGGCCGUAUCGAUUAUCGGGUACGGGUAUGACCUCACCUCCGACAUCCGGUUGUCCGCGUGCAAGCCCGGCCCGUCCGGAUCGGGUUUGAUUGAGCUGGACCGGAACCGAAAGAAGGACCUGGUGGUGCCUGGUAACGUCGUCGUUUCGGACGUUUGUGCUUCCAUCAAGUGCGAUAAAGGCGAGCGCAUCAGGUUUAGCUCCGAUGCGCUCUCCUUCAAUCAGAUGUCAGAGCAUUGUAACCAGGAUUUGUCUUUAUCGGGGAAAGUACCUUCCGGCGUGUUCAAUGCAAUGUUCGACUUCAAGGGCUGCUGGAAAAAUGAUGCAUCAACCACAAAGAUUCUUGCUUUUGAUGGUUGGUUGAUUGGUCUGUACACUGUUGAGCUGGAAAGAUCACAAAUAGCUCUGUCAGAUAAAGUCAAGCAAGAAGUACCGCCUACAUGGGAUCCAACUGCUUUGGCUGAGUUUAUAGAAAAAUAUGGCACUCAUGUCAUUGUUGGGGUUAAGAUGGGUGGCAAAGAUGUAAUACAUAUUAAGCAGCUUCGGACAUCAAAUCUCCUGCCAGCUGAAGUGCAGAAACUGUUGAAGCAGUUAGCUGAUGAGAAAUUUUCUGAAGAUGAUAAUCUAAAUUUGGUUGCAAACUCUGAUAAAUCAUCAAAGGUGAAGGUUGAACAAUCAAUGGUGUGGGACCUUCAGCUACCAUUAGCAAAUACAUUUAGACCUCCUGUUUUCUCUCACUCCAAAAAUGACGAUAUAUGGAGUAUUCAUAUCAGAAGGGGUGGUUUAGACAGUGGCCAAAGCCAUAAGCAGUGGCUUUCAACCGUAUCGCAAUAUCCGAACGUGAUAUCAAUGUCCUUUGUACCUAUUGCGUCCCUUUUGAGCGGCAUUCCAGGCAGCGGUUUCUUGAGCCAUGCGAUUAACCUAUACCUCCGGUAUAAACCACCAAUAGAGGAACUUGCCCAAUUUCUAGAAUACCAGUUGCCUCGGCAUUGGUCCCCCGCAUACAGUGACCUUCCUCUUUGUCAUCACCGCAAGAAGAAAUCCUCACCGUCUCUUCAGUUCACGUUGUUGGGUCCUAAGCUUUACGUUAAUACUGUAAAGGUCGUCACCGGCAACCGUCCCGUGACCGGAGUCCGCCUAUACCUCGAAGGCAAAAAAAGCGACCACUUAGCCAUCCAUCUCCAGCACCUCUCCAACCUCCCCGACUCUCUCCACCUCUCCCCCGACCACACCCACUCCCCAGCCGACGACUCCAUCGACCGAGCCUAUUUUGAGCCCGUCAAAUGGAGCAUAUUCUCCCACAUCUGCACCGCCCCAGUCGAGCACCACGCCACCCAUCUCGACGACCCGGCCUCCAUCGUGACCGGCGCGUGGUUCGAGGUCAAGAUCGUCGGCAUGAAGAAAGUACUCUUCCUAAGGCUCGGAUUCUCCAUGGUGGGGUCCGCCGUAAUCCGGCGGUCCGAAUGGGACGGGCCCACGGGUGGUUCGUCGUCCAAGAAGUCGGGUUUGAUCUCGAUGCUGAUGAGCUCGCCGUUCAGCGCGGCGCUGAACGGCCAGCUGGCGGUGGCGGAUAGGCCGCCGCCGAAGGUUGAUUUGAACUCGGCAGUCUAUCCGGGGGGCCCGCCUUCGCCGUCAAGGGCUCCGAGAAUGUCGAGCUUUGUGGACACGACGGAGAUGGUGAGGGGGCCGGAGGAUGCGCCGGGGUAUUGGGUGGUGACGGGGGCGAAGCUGUGCGUGGAGGGUGGGAUGAUACGGGUGAAGGUGAAGUACUCGUUGUUGACUAUUGUUUCGGAUGAGUCUUUGUUGAUAUGAUGUGGUUGGGGAAUGAGGGGGAGGUUUGGGUUUGCAAGUGUAUUUUGUUGUACAUAAUGUUGUACAUUUUUAUUUUUUAUUUUUUUAAUUGUGCUAGCUAUUCUUCUGAAUAUGAGCACACGAAGAAAUUCACGUGUGCAAGGAAAAUUUUUUACCUACAAAAGAAAUAUAUUUCCGAAUUUUCUUGUUUGUUUAGGUGCGUGAUUAGUUGAUCUAUGUACAAUAGGACGGAGAGAAUAUAUAGUUAUUUCAGUUAUUGAUGUAUCAGACAUGUACGAUUUCCGGCUAUGAGAGUAAUUGUAAGAUUGACUUGUAGGCCUGAUUGAACAUGGACCAUGAUAUAGCAUAUAGAAUAGCUCGGUAAAAC